UUGAAGAAGUAACCAGUGAGGUUGAAUAAGAUAAGAACUAAGGAAACAUGGAAAACUGGGAUUCUGUGGGCUGAUUAGCCUCGCCUGGAAGGAAACAUAUCGAAGUGGGUAUGGAAAGGAGCCCAAGAGAGAUGGGUCAAGAUUAGUCGAGGCUUCUUUAACUGUGCCUUGAUUUAUUUCGUCACACGUCUGGCGUUGCCUCGUGAAUGUUUCUUUGGACAAGCUACUGGCGAACUCCUCGUCCUUCUUUUCAUUCUCUGAGUCUCUGGAUGACCAUUCAAUGAAUGUGCUCUCUGGUGGGGUCGGUGAAUUGUUGCAGAAAUUAAGAGAAUUUCAUGGCGAAGCUUUGGUUUUUGAGGUAACUGAUCUUCGUUGUUCCUGGUGAAAUUUUUGCAGAGAUCGCAAUUAUUUAUGGUGAAAAUUGAUAUCUGGGUUCUGACGAAAUAGAUAUUUGGGGCGUAAUCUUUGUUGGGUUUUAUGAGAAGUUGCAGGAACAGAAGAGAGUUCGAUAAGCAAUUGAUGGUGGGUUUCUUUUCAAUUUGAUGUUACGGAGUGGGAAAAUACAAGAUGGCCAUGGCAAGCAAAACUAGAAAUAUGCUGGAGGGUCUGGUAAGAGAGGGAUCAUUCAAAUGGUUGCUUGGCAGCAGGAGUUCCUUCAAUGAUGAAGUUGAGGAGAUGGGAAAGUCUCCAUCAGCUCGGAAAAAUUGGAUUCAGGAGCUUUCGCCUGUUGCAAAUAUUGUCGUCAGAAGAUGCUCAAAAAUCCUUGGCAUUUCUACAAUGGAACUUCGUGAAAGCUUUGAUGCAGAAGCUUCUGAUUCUAUAAAGCAUCCAUCAUGUUUUGCCAGGAACUUUUUGGAAUACUGUUGUUUCAGGGCACUUGCUCUAUCAACACAAGUAACGGGUCAUUUGGCUGAUAAAAAGUUUCGACGUCUAACAUUCGACAUGAUGCUAGCGUGGGAAGCUCCAAGUGCCACCUGCCAACCGUUACUUAAUGUGGGUGAAGAUGCCGCUGUUGGGAUAGAAGCCUUUUCAAGAAUAGCUCCGGUGGUUCCUACCAUUGCCAAUGUGAUUAUCAGUGAUAAUCUUUUUGAGGUGCUUACAGCAUCAACUGAUGGUCGGCUUCAGUUCUCCAUCUAUGAUAAGUACCUAACUGGACUAGAAAGAGCAAUAAAAAAGUUGAAGUGCCAAUCAGAGUCAUCUCUUCUUUCUACUGUCCGGUCCUCAAGGGGAGAAAAGAUCCUGGAAGUGGAUGGGACGGUUACCACCCAACCAGUUCUUGAACAUAUAGGAAUCUCUACAUGGCCUGGUCGAUUAAUUCUCACAGAUCAUGCGCUUUACUUUGAAGCUCUUCGUGUUGUAUCUUAUGAUAAGGCCAAAAUAUACGAUUUAUCAGAUGACUUAAAACAGGUCGUUAAACCUGAGUUGACAGGACCAUGGGGUACACGACUUUUUGACAAGGCAGUUCUGUAUAAAUCAAUUUCCUUAUCAGAACCAGUUGUGAUUGAAUUUCCUGAACUUAAAGGACAUACUCGUCGGGACCAUUGGCUAGCCAUUAUCCGAGAAAUUUUAUAUGUUCAUAGAUUUAUUCAUCAGUUCCAGAUUAGUGGAGUUGAACGUGACGAGGCACUUUCAAAGGCUGUGCUUGGAAUUCUGCGAGUGCAGGCCAUUCAAGAAAUUAGUUCUGCAGUUCCUCUUCGUAGCGAGGCUCUUCUCAUGUUUAAUCUUUGUGAUCAGCUUCCAGGUGGAGACUUAAUAUUAGAAACACUUGCAAACUUGUCAACAUCAAGGGAAUUAGACAGGACUAACAAUUCAGUGGUUGAAGGUGGGAUGUAUUCAAUCUCAGCCUUGGCCAUGGUUUCUAACUUAGGGUUUGUUUUCGGAACAAGUCCAGAUGUUCCUAAUGAGGCUGGGCUUGUUGUUGGUGAGAUAGCUGUUGGGAAAAUGACUAUGUUGGAAAAAGUAGUGAAGGAAUCCAGAAGCAACUAUAAGAAGGUGGUGCUAGCACAAGAAACAGUUGAUGGUGUAAAAGUAGAUGGCAUUGACACCAAUUUGGCAGUAAUGAAGGAGUUACUUUUUCCAGUUAUGGAGCUUGGGAAGUUGCUUCUUUCUCUGGCAUAUUGGGAUGACAGCAGAAAGUCUCUGGCAUUCUGCUCAAUUUUCACUUACAUCAUUUGGAGGGGAUGGCUGGGUUAUGCCUUGGCACUGAUACUCAUCUUUAUUGCGGUCUUUAUGGCACUUACGAGAUGUUGUGGUCAAGGGAGGCCCGUUGAGGAAGUGAAGGUAAUAGCACCUCCUACAAUGAACACAAUGGAACAGCUUUUGGCUGUGCAAAAUGCGAUUUCUAAAGCUGAAGUGUUCGUCCAGGAUAUGAACAUUGUUCUGCUCAAGUUACGGGCCCUGUUGUUGGUCAUUUUCCCUCAGGCAAGCCUCAAAUUUGCAAUGGCUCUCUUGCUCAUAGCUGUGGUUUUGGCCUUGGUUCCCCUCAAGUUCAUGGUUAUACUGACCUUUCUGGAGACAUUCACACAUUAUUCACCCCCAAGGAGAGCAAUCACAGAGAGAUGGAUGAGGAGAUUCAGAGAAUGGUGGUUUAGCAUUCCAGCAGCUCCUGUUCUUCUUGAAAGAGAGAAGGAAGAGAAAAAGAGGAAGUGACAUUAUAGCAACUUGUAAACUAUGCAUAUAUAUGUGUAAAUGUGUCUCGAGUAAUAUGAUGUUUUUUCUUUUUAUCUUUUUUGAAAAAAUAUUUAUAGGCCGGGAUGUAAAUUUCUACCAUGAAAAAUAACAAAAAUAAUAAAAAGGAUCAGUUGUUUCAA